AUGCCGACUCCGCGCCCCGCAGAUCCACGUUACGCCGCGCCGUCGCGCAGUAGAGGAUUGCACGAGCUGGGCGUGCGGGAGCAGGAGACGCUCCUAUCCGGCACCAUCAUUAUCGAGCAACCGGAAUCCGCCAUCGGCGCGGUCGAGAUUUACGUCGACGACGGCAUGCACGCUGAAAGUCGCAGCGCAGUCGCUGUUAGUCGCAGCGGCGUCGCCAAUGAUCGCGGCUCCUCACAACCUGUCGCUUCCAAUUCCCCAAAAGCCCCCAAUUCCCCGGCUGCGGCUUCCGCCAGCUCGCUCGAGUCCCGCGCGUCGCCCGCUUCCCGCUCCCUCGUUAUUUCCGCGCUCGCCGCGGAGGCAAGCGACAACGCGGCUGGCGCAGCGGCGGGGGCUGGCGACGUUUCGACGACGUGCGACAUCAGCGACGGGAUGUGGGAGGCGGAUGCUAACCGGCCGCUGUAUUCCAGUCUUGACUGCCCGUUUAUUCACGCUGCAACGCAGUGCGACGCGCACGGGCGGCCGGAUACAGGGUACCAAAAACUGCGGUGGCGACCGACUCGCGAUAAUGCGACGGAAAGCGGCGGCUGCGACGCGAUGCCGCAACUGACGGCGAAGAGCGCGUGCGAGCUGAUGCGGAACAGGAACGUCGCUUACGUGGGGGACUCGAUCGUACGCAACCAUUUCAACUCGCUCGCGUGUAUCAUGUUCGGUACGCAAGGCGAACCCGAGGUCCUGGGCAGCCAUCCGUACGCGCAAGUGUACCACUGGCCGAGUUGUAACGCCACGGUGGCGUUCUAUUGGAGUCACUACCUCGUGAACCUCACUCUAAUCGACGAGCACGUGUUUAACACGGGCGGCGAGCUCGACCUGGAGAAUCCCGACGACUGGUGGUUUCGGCACUAUAACGAACACGACACAUUCGUUAUAAGCGCGGGGCAAUGGUGGUCAUCGGUGCGCAUCCAAGGCAAGAACAUCCACUUCGCGAGCCCGAACACCGACUUGCCGCUAUUUGACGCGUACCAAACCGCGCUUUUCUCCGUCCUCCGCCCGUUCGAGGACGUUAGCAGUACCGGCAAGCAGGUAGUUCUGACGCUCGUGCCGCCCACGCAUGGGUUCCACGGCAGCUGUUCGGCCACGCAGCCGGUUAGUGCGGAGGAUGCGCUUUCCAAGGAUUACCCCGAGGCAAAGUACAACAUUCUUCUCGCCGACGUGGCGCGGCGGUACGAAGCGCGCCGGGCGAAGCGCGGGCAUGGCGCGCCGCUGAUGCUUCUGGACAUUUUUGGGAUGUCGUUGACGCGGUGGGACGGGCACCCCGGGGAGCAUUCGGGCGGGGGUAACAUAGACUGCGGGCACUACUGCUUGCCGGGGGUGCCGGACUCGUGGAACGAAAUGAUGCUGGGACUGCUGUGGGUGCAGGACGGGCGAGGGAGAGGAGGGGUAGCAGGGGGAAAGCUGCAGUCCCUGACGCAAGCAGCAGCGAGACUCCCUCACACUAACAGUGACACUCCCUUAGCCAGCAGCGCGCCGAUGGCCCUGUUCAGCUCGGGUGUACCGCUGCAAGGAGGAGGGGUGGGCCUGCAGAUUCUCCUGGCCGCCAGCUCAUCGUCGAUCGUCAUCCGAGCUGCCAAGUAUGAAUCUCCUUUCCCUUCCUCCUCCCUUCUCCUCCUUCCACGCCCCUCCCCCACUUCUCCUCCUUUCAGUUCGCCUCCUUUGAUUUCCCUCCUUGUGCCGUCAAUCAUCAUCUCCCCUCUUGCCCCGCCUCUCUCCCCUCUUGCCCCGCCUCUCUCCCCUCUUGGGCCGCCUCUCUCCCCUCCUCCAACUUUUCACCUUUCUUUUUUCGUUACCCCUCUUGUCCCCGUUAUUUCCCUCACUGUCGUGCCCUGUUAUUUCCCUCACUGUCGUGCCCUGUUUCUGGUGGUGGGCGUGGGCUUUCCCGUCUUCCGCUCGUUCAAGGCCAUUGAGGAGGGCUCUCAGACGGACCGCAACAGAUGCCUCGCGUACUGGUCGGGUGAGUGGUGUGGUGGUGCAGUGGUGAGGAUGGUGCAGCUACCUUUCUACCAGCACAUCAAGCCCUCAUUUGAGCACAUCUCGCCUUCCGUACCCCCCGUCUCUCACCCCCACGCUGCCCUUCUACCAGCACAUCAAGCUGCUCCUGCUGCUCUGCCUGCAUGUGCACUGGCACCAGCUUACACUGCCCCCUUCCCAUCCGACGCCCCUUUCCCGCCUAGGCUGCCCUUCUAUCAGCACAUCAAGCUGCUCCUCUUGCUCUGGCUGUGCAUCCUGUUCCACGCGCACCAGGAGGAGAUCUCUGCUGCAGCACCUCAUUCAAUUCUCCUCACGCCAUCCCCUCCCCUUCGGCCCCCUUCUCUCUCCCUACUCCCUCCCUCAGGCGUCCUGGUUCCACGUACACCAGGAGGAGCUCUCUGCUGCACCUCCUUGUACCGCAGCUCACCUUCUGACACCAUUCUUCUCCCCAACCCCUUCCCUCAGGCGUCUUGGUUCCACGCCCAUCAGGAGGAGCUCUCUGCUGCAGCACGCAUGGCCCAGUCUGCAACCAGGGCAGCACUUACUGCUUUGGACUCUGCAGUCUCGUCAGCUGCUGCUGCCCUCCCACCCCCUGCUGCUGAUGGCCCUCCUGCUGCCACGUCAGCGGCAGAUGCUGAUGCCAGGAAUGAUGUCACUGAUGAUGUCAGCGGACCUAACAGGGACGGUGGUGAGCUGCAUGACGUGGCAGGUGGAGGGGAGUCGGGGGAGGAAGGGGACGGGGGAGGGGGAGGCGGGAUGAGGGGAGGGAGAAGGUGA